UUAAAUUCCAAACGCACCCUACAGUUCCAUGGUCUGUCCAAAUAUUCUGGUUCAGUGAUACAAAAAUGGCGCUUACACUAUCCACAAACGUCCCUACAUAUGAUAAUAUGCACGUAACAGGCCCCCUGAACUCCCCCAAAAUUUUCAACCCAGUUUCUCGAAUCUCUAGCAAUCAAAAGCGCCGACCCUUUUACCCAAUUGUUGUAAAAUUGAAUCAAGAAAAAGACCAAAGGGAAGCACAAGAUAGUGAUGAGGUUAAUAGCUUAGGAGUUAGAACUGCUCUGUCUAUGCUCAAGUUCUACAAAAGGGAAAUUUCGCCAUUGAUGCCAAAUAGUUGUCGUUAUCUCCCAACUUGUAGCGAGUAUUCGAUGAUUGCUUACAAGAAAUAUGGAGUUGCUAAAGGGACUAUUUUGACUGCUUGGCGUUUAUGUCGCUGCAAUCCCCUUGGUGGGUCUGGAUUUGAUCCCCCAAGAUGGUUUGGUGAAACAAGCCCCCCAGAAGAAUGAGUAAUUUAUACAAUGCGGAUGUCACAUGUUUAGUACAUUACAGAACUCUUCUUCCUAGUGUUGCUGCUUGUGCAAAGAGAUGGUUGAGCCAUGAUGGCUAGAAAGGAAUUGUCUCUCAGUGCACUGGGAUGGUUGAAUUGAUUGGGCGGACCUUUUUUCCGUUUCGAGGCUUUAGGUCUUGAGUCUAGGGUAUGUGCCGUAUAUAAAAUCUAGGAUGUAUAUCUCGUCUAGCAAGAAUAAAUCAAUAAUCGUAUCAUAGCUUCAUCCAAUCAUAUGCAGGAUUAUUUUUUUCUCUGAAUUCUUACUUUUUAAUUUAAUUUUAAAAGUUGUUUUUAUGUGAACUUUGUGAUAUGUGUGUGUGUGUGUGUGUUCCAUCUGAAAUGUGUAUCCAUCUAAAAAAAAAAGUGCAACAUCAUCACCACUACGCACUACCUGCUCAGGUAAAGCUUUCUUAAUCCACUAGCACUAAGAACAGUAUAAGAAAAGGUGUUGAGCCACGAACAAAAUUAAGCCUCGCAAGUAGGUGCCUAGAUUAUCCAGUUAGCACUUUCGUUUAAUCAUCUUUAUGUUGAGUAAGCUUACAACUCUCAAGCCUUACAUGUUACUCAGCUAGUCAGAAUUAGAGCAUAUAGUAUACCGUAAAGCUAUGAACUGCAUCACACUUGAUAGUUAUAUAUUCUGUCUGCCAUUGGUUGUCAUCAGCGAAGCUGCAAGGGUAGUAUUUAAAGAAUAGGGAAUUGUACUAAUUACGCGGUAUGAUGCGUGUUAUAUAGUAUGUACUAAGAAGUACAGGUUAAAAAAUUGACUAAUCAAAUAGUUGUAAUUAGUCUCCUGGAUCAUAUGCUAUAGUAUAAAACUAUUCGAACAUCUGUGGUGGUUAAGUACAUUUGUCAAUGUUCUGUUUAUUUUUAUUUGAUGAUUGGCAAUGCAGCUACACAAGACGAUUACUAUAUUA